ACCGAGGUCGUUAUCAGAGGGAACACAAAGAGAAACUUCGGAAGAGAAACGACAUGAACUGGGAGAGGAACUCUGUGUUACAGACGCAACAAGGAAUAAAGAUGCAAAUACAGACCAAGGAACAAAGCGAAAAUUGCUUCAUUAUACUGCGUCAGUUAAAAACUGGCCGAGAGUGUACAAGUCUCAAGAAAUAAUUAGAGAUCUGGUGGAUAGAUGUUCGAAACUUGAAGACGAUUUUCAAUGGCAUAAUCAACAACAAAAGGGAAAAUAUCUAUCUGAGAUCGACAUAUAUAUAGACAGCAGUGUAGAACAACUGGAUCCCAAGUCAUUGCUAGUGCGAGGCGACAGUUUAGAAAAGAAGGGAACGAUGCGUCUUCACGUAUCUAAGAGGAAUAUGCCAGACGAGUCAUUUUCUUUAAACAAAUUUUUUUCUGGGAUAUUUAUUGACGAAGAAGGAGUGAAGCUUGUGGAAGAUCUAUCACAUGAGCAAAUAUUUGUAGUCGUACUACAAUCAGUGGCUGAAAAGCCGUUCGUUGAACAGUCACAUCAGUUCGAACUGCAGAGGGCUAUACUUGAAAUAAGCUCCCUUCUCGAGAGUGUUGUGUUCGAAAUACUCACCGUUAAAUGUGAAACAUUGAAGCAAUUAUACCCUCUUCAAGCUAACCAAUCAAAAGAAAAUAUGAAAUCGAGUUUUAGUGAAAUGGAAUCACAACGCAAUGAAAGAGCAAGGGAACUGCUCGGGGAAAUGUUUGCAUUUUUCAAUCGGAGCACUUUGCCAAAAAACAAGCGCAUGGACGUCCCCGGAUUUGAACGUAAACGAGUUAGUAGAGAGAUUACAGAAAAGCUGUUUGACCUUGAUAAAACAAUACGGGGUUGUGGGUAUAGUCACAGCACAUUUAAUGUAAAUGUUGAAAGACUUCCCGGUGAAAAGGAAACUAUGGAUCGCAAGGAACGGAUAACAAAGUUCUUAGAAAAGCAUGGUAUUAAUGAUAUCAAAUUAAACAUCGUCUCCGAGUCUGUGGCAGAAUAUAAACGUGUAGGCGCCGGAAUAAGUAUUCCUAAAACCGAAGAAGGAACUGAAUACCAUAAAGGAACUCUUGGGGGAUUUGCAUCCUUCAGUAAAGAGAAAGAAACCUCUUCAUGUGCUCUUUUCUCUCGGCACGUUGCACAUGGCUGCAUUGCAAAAGUGUAUGUCGAUGGUGAGAAUGGAAAAAUGACCGAACUGGGAGAGAUAUUAGAAGAUACAUUACAAGCCGGAAGCUAUGAUAUAGCCGCUGCUAAAAUACACGACCAUCAUGUCCCACAAUGUGAAGUUGAGUUCAAGAAUUCAGAAAACACUCCACUCCCAGGAAGGCUUUAUUCACCAGCAACUAUCGAUUUACAGGAUCUUCAAGUCCACUUGUGGGGAUCUGCGUCGAAACCUGGACUUGGAAUAAUAAAAAUUCCAGAGUUAAGCUAUCCAAAUGCGACCGAGACGUACAUACAAAUAGAAGACAGAAAUAUAUCCAAACGAAUGGCUGCUGAAGGUGAUAGUGGUGCCAUAGUUUGUGCUGAUGAUCUUGAUGACGAACACGUCCAUGUUAUUUCAAUGCUGAUAGGUUCGAAUAGUGACACAAAGACACUUCAAGAUCCCAAUGUGAAAAGAACAUAUAUCGCCUUUCCAGUACAGAAAGGCGUCGAACGUUUACAAAUGAAGACAGGUGGUACCUUUUCCCUCCAGGGAGUUAGCAAUGAUCAGUAAAAUUAGUUAAAAAAAAAACACUAUUUUUUACAGAAAUCAUUUUCGGAAUUGUGUUUUGUAAACGUUCUUUUGUCGACGAUCCCUAAUGUCAGGAACGAAAUGAACAAUCCCUGUGCAGGCACGGUAAUAAAAUGUGAUAAAAUAUCAUAUUAGGUAAAACAUAUACAUUACUUUAAGUCACAUUAUAAAUAAAUCAAAUGCUUAUAUUUCAUAUAGUUUGUGUGUUUGAGACAUAUUCACCACCUCAAUUUGCGUAUGCAGAUGGUAUAAAAGGUCAUAUUAAAAGUAUCAUGAUUUGUCUUCUUUCUAUCUUCAAAAAUCAUGUUUCGUUUAUUCUAAGGGAACAUUUUAUGAAUGAGUCGAAAAUAAAUAUCAUUUAUUUGUUCUGACAACAGUUAAACAGAAAUGUCAUUAUUUACAUUGAUUUCAUAGAAAUUGAUCAUGUAAUUGGAUUGCUUUACAAUACACUGUACAAUAAUGUUGCAUGCUUGACAUUAUUUCAUUAAUAACCAUUGGACGCGUAUAAAUGUCUGAACUAUAUAAUGUUUAAAAGUAGUAAAGCGUCCAACAGCUAUAUGUUCUCGUGGUUUACUCGCAAUCUAUAAUUUAACACGAUAAUUUAUAUAAAGUCAUGUGUUCAAAAUGUUUGAAUUUCUCUUUGCCGAAGGCUGAGAAAGAACACAAUAACUGUACAUACUGCUCCUUUUCAGUCUCUAAAAUAUGCAUGUCAGCAAUAAUUAUGUAUAAUCAUAUAGUAGUUUUUGUUUACAUUAAAAUCCUUAUUAUCAAGUAUUUUUGUGAGUUAACAUAUUAAUAUUGCAUAAAUGUUAAUGUAUAUUGAUUUGUUAAGAAUAGGUACAUCUCCCUUAUCAUCAAAAAUAAUGGAAAAAAUAGUCAAUAUUUAUGUGAGCAAUCCACAUAGUACCUUGUUCAAAUGUCAAAGGUCUCGAUAGAAUGAACACCUAUUAGGCAGGACAAGUCAUCAUGUGCACACUCCUUUUUCGUAAAAUAUUUAGAAGCAUAUAAACUUUUAUAUACUAUAGCAAAUAGCGUGCUCAAAAUUCUAACUCUUUAUAUGUUUUAAAAGGAUAUCGUGAAACUGCACGAAUUUUGUAAACAGCAACAUGAAUGAUUAGGCAAUGCUAUAAGCAGUUUUGAUAAAGUAGGUUAUUUUUUGAAAAACAACUAUCAAUUUUUAAUUUUUGUCCUCUAUUUUAAGUUUAGUACUGCUUAAAGUAUUAGAUCACUAAUAGAGAACCUCCUUUUUGAAGAGUAUUCAAUUCCUACCAUUAUCCUACUUUUACUGCAAUUCGUAGGUUCAAGCCCUACUGGGACCAAUUUUUUCCCCUUAUUUUCCUUUUUUUUCUUAUAAGUUUUUACUUCUUUCAAGACUUAUUAUUGAUUUCGUGUACAAAAAUGGAAAAAGAUGAAUCUUAUAAGUGAUUUCUUGGUGCUCAAAGUGAAUUUACUACUUAAACAGAAGGGGUAGAGUUACACAUUUUUAAAUAUAUCGAGUUACACGAGGUGAAAGUUCUCUAUUUUGCUUUCACUCUUAGAUUAUAUACUGUGGCAGAAAUUUAGGUAGGUUUUACGUCUGCCCUAAGAUUAUUUUUAACUGGAGUAAGCAAAAUUCAAAACAGAAACACAGCAUUCGACCUUAUUUUUUCAAUGUUGAAGUAUGAAUUCUGUCUUAUUUAAAUCCUUUUGCUUGAGGCACCAUGAUAGAAAAAAGGAUAUUGACAUUUUUAUUUUGUAUUUUAUAAUUGUUUACCAAUAGUUUGAUGUUUCUUUUAUUAAAAUUAAUGGUCAAGUGAGUUCUCUGCAAACGUUUUGGAUAGUGGCUAUCACGUUGAAAUUUGUCUCUACUUGAGCUUGAGGAGAUACCAUAAGUUAUACAAAAUUUAUAAAAAACGGCACGGUAAAAGUUGUUUAAAAAUUGCAAAAUAGUGCAAAACACGGUUACCUUUCAGAAAAUGCCAAGCAAAGGCCAUUUUGUAAACAUUACUAUUAGUGCUCUAAUACCUUAAAGCAUUAUAUCUGUCAGCAUGAAAAAAUGUUUCAAGUUGUACUACAGGCUUUUUCUUGUCUAGAUAUAACCAUGUUUAUAAUAUUAAAUUCAUUGUAAUAUUG